AUGAGUUCCAGAGUAAGUAUAUCUAUAGUCUACGCUCUGCAUCAGCCUGAUGGCUCCGAGAGGAUUGUUCAUUACCACGGAGACUUUUUACAGUUACAAUGGACAUCAAUCAUUCAAAUCUAUGCAAAGAUUAUCGCCUUGAGCGCCGUGUUGGCGGUAUCCAGUGCUGGUCUCCUGGCUGCUCCCGCAGUUCACUACUCUCCAGCUUCCGCUGUCUCAUCACAGAGCAUCGUGCGCCAUGAGCAGCCAAUCUCCGUAGCCGCUCCCGUCGCAUACCAAUCUGCUCCUCCCGUUGUCCACGCUGCUCCAGCCCACGACAUCAUCGCCCAACACGAGGAAUACGACGCACACCCCAGCUACGACUUUGCUUACUCCGUAGCCGACGGCCACACCGGUGACAACAAGUCCCAGCACGAGAGCCGUGACGGAGAUGUUGUACGUGGAGAAUACUCCCUGGUUGAAGCUGACGGCUCAAUCCGCCGCGUAGAGUACACCGCUGAUGCACACAACGGCUUCAACGCCGUCGUCAGCAACUCUGCACCCGCUCACGCCGCCCGCGCAUACGCCCCAGCUGCUGUUCUCGCCCACCACUGA